CUCUCUCUCUCUCUCUCUCUCUCUGGCAGCGAGUUCUGUGCUGUUGGCAGGAGUGACCAGAAUAAAAACAGGAACAUCAGACAGCGAGGAGAAAAAAGUGAAAUGCUCCAUUGAGCUCAAAGCCUUCGCCCAUUCUUAAUUACGUAGCGUCCAGUAUCUUUUUUUUUUCUUCUUCUUCUUCUUCUUUUUUUCCUCCUUUCCAAGAAGACUUUAGUAGCGGUAAUUAGCCUUGAGGAGGAUAAAACCAGUGAUCUGGGAAAGAGCGGCGCAUUUAGGAGCGAGAUGGCUAACGGGCAGGUUCCGCACCUCCUUCGGGCUCUCCUCUUCUUGGUGCUGUCCGGUCCCUCUCUCCAAGGAGGUGUGUACGUCCCAGCCGGUGGAGGUGGAGUAGGUCCUGGAGGAGCUGGAGGAGGUCUAUACCCAGGAGCAGGCAGACCGUACAAACCAGCAAAACCUGGAGGUGGAUAUGUCCCAGGAGUAGGUACAGGUACAGGUCUGGUACCAGGGUACGGAGCAGGAGCUGGUGCAAAGCCUCCUAAACCAGGUUAUGGGAACCUGGGGGCAGGUGCGGCAGGUGGGGGCUUGGGAGCAGGAGGCAGCCCUUUGGGUGGGUACUGGUAUGGGGGGCAUGGAGGGCUGGCCGGAGUCUAUCCUGGAGCGCAAGCAGGACUGAAACCUCAAAAGACAGGUGUUGGAGGAGGAGGAGGACUUCCUGGUGGCACAGCACCUGUCAUACCUCAGACUGGCCUGCCAGGGGGCGCUGGUGGAAAGGCUGCAAAAGCUGCAAAGCCUGGAAAGGCUGCAAAAUUACCAGGUGUGGGAAUACCAGGGCUGUACCAAGGCGGGCUCGUUCCUGGACAGGGAUAUGGUCAGCGAGGGGUUCUCCCUGGGGUUGCCACUGGAGCGGGACUCAAGCCAAAAUCUAUCGGAAGCGGAGGUCAGCUUGGUCUUGGUGGCCAUGGUGGACGUGGGUAUGGGGGACCUCUACAGCCUGGAGUAUUUUACGGAUAUCCCCUCAAAUCACCUAAAGCCCAAGGCGGUUACGGCUCACCUUACGGCGGUGGCAAACUCCCCUACGGCUACGGUGGCUUUGGAGGUGGAGCGGGACUUCCCGGAGGUGGAGCCGGACUUCCGGGAGGUGGAGCGGGGCUUCCGGGAGGUGGAGCUGGACUUCCGGGAGGUGGAGCUGGACUUCCGGGAGGUGGAGCUGGACUUCCGGGAGGUGGAGCGGGAGCUAAGCCAGGAUACCCUACAGGGACUGGUGUGGGAACACAAAUAUUAACGCCAGCUCAGGCCAAAGCCGCUAAAUAUGGUGCGGGUAGGGUGCCAGGUGCUGGGGUGUACCCAGGGGUCGUCCCCGGGGGUUUUUAUCCCGGAGGUGUGGCACCAGGUGUGGUUCCAGGUGUAGUUCCAGGUGUGGUUCCAGGUGUGGUUCCAGGUGUAGUUCCAGGUGUGGCUCCAGGUGUGGUGCCAGGUGGGUGGCCAUUCGUUGGAUUUGGAGGAUAUCCAGGAGGGGCUAAAGCUUACAAAUAUGGUCCUGGUGGAGCGGGGGUGGUGCCUGGCACUGGAAUCGGAGGAGGGGGUGGUUACCCAGGUCUACCAGGAGCUACUGGAGUGUUGCCAGGAUAUGGUACUGGAGUUAAACCUCCUAAAUAUGGUUUACCGGGCGGAGUUCCGGGCGGGGUCCCAGGUGGAGUUCCAGGUGGAGUUCCAGGUGGAGUUCCAGGUGGGGUUCCAGGCGGAGUGCCAGGUGGGGUCCCAGGCGGCGUUCCUGGCGGAGUCCCAGGAAAAUUUCCAGGUGGAUUUCCAGGUGGAUUUCCAGGUGGAGUUCCAGGCGGAGUCCCAGGUGGAGUUCCGGGAGGCGUUCCCGGCGGAGUUCCGGGUGGCGUGCUCCCUUGGUACAGGGGUGGGGCCAAGCCUCCUAAAUAUGGGGUCCCAGGGGCCACUGGAAUAGGCGGGGUGCCCGGAGCGGUGCCAGGAGCAGUCCCGGGGGGAUAUGGAUAUGGGGCAUAUGGAGCUGGUGCAAAACCUCCAAAAUAUGGUGCUACUGGGGUUGCUACAGGAGUGCAGCCUGGUGGGCUGCCCAGCGGGGGAGUGGCUGGAGGUGUGGGAGGGGUCGGGACCGGCGGUGUAGGCUAUCCAGCUGGAGUUAAACCCCCCAAAUACGGAGUGCAGCCUGGCGGACUGCCCAGCGGGGGAGUGGCUGGAGGUGUGGGAGGGGUCGGGACCGGCGGUGUAGGCUAUCCAGCUGGAGUUAAACCUCCCAAAUACGGAGUACAGCCUGGCGGGCUGCCCAUCGGGGGAGUGGCUGGAGGUGUGGGAGGGGUCGGGACCGGCGGUGUAGGCUAUCCAGCUGGAGUUAAACCCCCCAAAUACGGUGUGCCAGUGAGCACGGGGACGGUAGGUGGAGCCACAGCGACGGGAACAGGUGUUGGUGUAGUACCGGCUGGGACAGGGCAGCCCAUCCCCGCUGUGAAACCAGCAAAGGAUCCAAUACUGGCUCCUGGAGGGACUUUAGCACCAGCAGGAGCCAAUGCCUCUGUGGACGCGCUGCCUGUAACCAGUGCUACUGGGGUUGCUACAGGAGUGCAGCCUGGUGGACUGCCCAGCGGGGGAGUGGCUGGAGGUGUGGGAGGGGUCGGGACCGGCGGUGUAGGCUAUCCAGCUGGAGUUAAACCCCCCAAAUACGGAGUGCAGCCUGGCGGUGUACAUCCUGGUGUUGGUGGCGUUCAGCCAAGUGUUGCUACAGGAGUCCAACCAGGAGGGGUCGGCCCUGCUGUUGGAUAUCCAUAUGCAGGCUAUGGACUUGCUACAGGAGUCCAACCAGGAGGGGUCGGCCCUGCUGUUGGAUAUCCAUAUGCAGGCUAUGGACUUGCUACAGGAGUCCAACCAGGAGGGGUCGGCCCUGCUGUUGGAUAUCCAUAUGCAGGCUAUGGACUUCAGUAUUAUGGUGGUGGAGCCAAGCCCCCGAAACCUCCAGGAGCAGGGGGAGCUGGUGUUCUGCCUUCAACUGGAGGCAUAAGAUAUCCAACUGGUGUGGGUUUGGGAGUCGCUAAGCCCCCCAAGCCAGGCUAUGGCUCCUUGGGAACAGGAUAUCCAGCUGGUGGCGCUGUACCGGGCUAUGGGGGAUAUCAGCAGCCCUAUCCAGGAUAUGGAACUGGAGGGGCUGGUCUGACUGCACAACAAGCCAAAGCUGCCAAAUACGGAGCACUGCAGGGGUUCCUGGGGGGUGGAUACCGAGGAGGUGUUCCUGGGUGUCAGGGCAAGUACUGUGGGAGGAAGAGGAAGUGAGAGACAGGAAGUGACCUCAAGAAACAAUGGUGCUACUGCAUGAUGUAGAAUGUACAGUUUAUUUACAAAGGUCCCUCUUUCAUGUACAAAUCUUCAACUUUUUUUUACUUAUAUGGCUGAAGACUAUGUACAAGUUCGCAAAGCCCGAAAAAUUCCCGACACCCAAAAAUGUUAAAGCCAAUCAAAGGAAUGUGAAAAAAACUGUGUAAUAAAUAAUAUAUGUGCACUACACUAUACAUGUAUGUUUAUAUAAGCAAUGUACCAUAGAUUGUGCCUGCAGCAGUCAUGGCUACAAAUAUCUGUGUGUCUGUUUAGCCCCAGUGAUUAGUAACAUGUCCAGGUGCAUCAGUACUCUCAGAAGUAUUAAAAUAUGCGGAAAUGUGCCUUUUUUGAAACACCAUUUAUAGCAUCUGAGCUUUACUGAGUUUCCUCUGUGGGGACUGAUAAACGCCAGGGAGAGAGCUUAUUAUCGUUUAGUAUAAAAGGCCUCUCUCUGUUUUAUGAAACAUUGGCGGCAUAAAGAGUGGAAUUUGCGGGCUGUCCCGCGCUGCCUCGCCCCGGCUCCUCAGACACACGCCCUUUCGGCGAGAUAAGGGAGGGGGCAGGACGGCAGGCUCACAGGAAUUCGUAGACCAGAGUUACGCGCGGCGGGACGGCUGGUCUGAGAGGCCAUUUUGUGGGCGAGGAGCCAGAAUUCAAGCUUCUAAAAUGGGUUUCUUCAUGAAGAGCCAUCUGCUCUGAAUACGGAAUAAGCUUUACGUAGAAACGCAGAAAAUGCCAUCUGACACAGAUAUGAAGCGGUGCUCUUGUAAUGUUUUGUGUACUGUGCAAGCCUGUUAAGUUAUUUUUUUUUUUUAAAGCGCUGUGCCUUAUUGGCUUGGGAUAAUGCUGAGAUCACACAAGUACAUAGAUCAGUCUUGGUAAAAAGAAUCAUGCUCAAGCAUGUAAAAUGCGCAUUUAUUAAAUGCAAAUUUGGUCAUUCUUUUUUUGUCCUUAGGUGUUAGGUACAUCAUUGACUCAGUCAACCUUGAGUUUCAGUGACAUGAAAACUGUACCCCCAUUGGUAGUGCAAUUUAAUUUCCUGUUGUUGAAGUCGACCUUUAAUUCUUGCCAAACUUUGUAAAGCAGCCUACUCUGUAGUGGUAUCAUGGUUUUUAUGAUUAACUUGUGCAUUUACAUCACUGUGGAGAACUGUACUGUUAGCUAUGUUGUUCUUUGUGUUUCCUCCCCUUGGUAAUGUUGAUAUGGUGCUGAUAUGAAUUAUAGUGCGUAUCUCUCUUGUUUUGCUGGCUGUAGGCAUACAGCUAUUCAAUCAGUUACGUCACUAUGCAUCAAUGACGACACAAUGAUUACCCUCUGCUCCUGACGUAGUUCUGCCUGAUUGGCCAGACUGGAAAUCUCCCGCCAGUUAGGCGACACAGCGAGUCUCCGCUCGAGCUCUUUCAGUCGUUGGUUGAUUGCUGUGCUCAGGCUGUCUCUGAGCCCUGACAGCGCUCCAGUACAAUCGUGGAUUUUUUUUUUUUUUUUAUUAUUUAAGGGGGUGGGGUGGUGGAAAUGCACUUUUUUUCCACGACGCACAUUUCAAUAGUUUCCGGAAAUCCCGGCCUUUUUAACUGCUUCAGAAAAUAAAGUAAUAAACUUGAGUAUUUUAAACGGAAACAAA